AUGCAUCACGGUGGAACAACGCUGAUUCAUUUAACGCCCAAAAUUCAAUUUGCAGCCACAAAGUCGUGUACAAAAACACAAAAUUCUCACAUUAUUGCGCAUGGGAAUUUGAAAUUCAUCAACGACAAUCCAAAACCAAAAAAAAAGGAAGAACCAGACACAUUAAUCAAACCCCGUCCAGGCAUGUCCCAAUUCACUCUCGACAGCACAUACUUGAACGACUCUAAGAAGAUUAUUAGUGAGAGAAUCAUACCAUGGGAAGGGCUUGCGAGAUCGAGAGUCGUCACUGAAGACGAUGCCAAUCAUAUAAAGAUUUUAGAGAAACAAUCUAAUGAAAAUAGAGACAAUACGGUUAAAUCGCAAUUGGAUUUGUACUCGAAAGUAUUGCUCAAUGUUUUGAGUAAAGUUGAUAAAGAUGACGUUGUUAAAAAUGUUUUGACCUUGAUUAAUGAUUUGUUGCUUAAUGUUCCUGAGUUUUUGGAUGCACUUUUGAGCUUGUCAUCAAUAGAUACAGGUUUACCAUUUGACCCAUUUGUCAAACACUUGGACAAGGAGCCGUUGAUUAAGUCAUUGGCAUUGUACAACUUGGUUAUCCUUGCUAAAGGGUCCCCCGAUAAAGAGGUGAUUAUUCGUACAUUUACGGCGAUUACCCUGCUCAUUGAAAAUACUGAUUCAAAUUUUCAAUUUAUUGGCAUCCAAUUGCUUCAGGAAUUGGUUUCAAACAGAAAAUACAAGACAAUAUACCAAGAAAACAAUCUUUUAACCAACUUCAAACCAAUAAAUGCAUUAAUCACUAAGCUGUCUACUCACCCCAAUGCAACUGGUUUGCAAUUGUCGUACAAUGUAUUGUUGGCAACCUGGAUAUUAUCAUUCAAUGCUGAAAUCAACAAGUCAAUUAUCCAUAGUUUCCCACAAAUUGCUGGUAGUCUUUUGUUGAUUGCGAAAGAUUCAAUUAAAUUGAAAAUUGUGCGUAUUUCAGUUGCCGUGUUGAAGAAUUUCGUUAGUUGUUGUGUCACUCCUCAGGAGCAAUUUAAAGUUGUUAAAUUAUUGUUGUUUCACGAUGCAUUAACCACAAUAAAGACAUUAAAGGAGAGAAAAUUUGCACAAAAUGGCAGUGAUGAGGAAUUAUGUAGUGAUCUUGCUUAUUUAUCUGAUACGUUGGAAGAAACAGUCAAGACCAAGUUGACUUCAUUUGACGAGUAUCUUACUGCAUUGGAAAAUCCCAAAUUGUUGAGUUGGGCAUCACCAAUACACAAGUCUAGUGAUUUUUGGUUGGAAAAUUCAGGUAAAUUUAAAGAUUCAAAUUAUAAAUUAACAAGGAGAAUUUUCGACAUCUUGGGUGCCAAUUCCAAUGACACAACAAUUUGUGUGGUUUUAUUGAAUGAUUUGCAGUAUUUGAUCAAGAACCUUGGUCAAGAUUUGAUUCAUUUCAUCAAUACUGAGAAUGGUGGACUGUACAAGGUAUUGAUUAUGUCGUUUUUGGAAAAUAAUCAAGGAAAUAAUGAGCUUAGGUAUGAAGCGUUGAAGACUAUCCAACUACUUGUGGGACAUAAUUUUUGA